AUUUCCCCCCUUUUAUUCCUGAACCGGUAGGCUGGUAGCUGGAGCUUCAAAUGCAAUAACAAAUAGAGAAAAUACCUCUCCUCUCCCUUCUCUAUAUAUAUCCAAACUCGUCUCGCUCACUCCCACACUUCAUCCUGAAACAUUCCUGCAUUCUUUGUCUCUUCAAUUUUCCUCCACUUUCUCGCUCGAGAAAAUCGGCGACUUCGUCGAGGGUUUCUUACUGUACACUACAGAAGACACACCUGCGUCCGGUUUCAGGUAGGUCACUGAGUCUUGCCAUCAUGGCUACUGGGCAGCUCUUCUCUCGUACUACACAAGCGUUGUUCUACAAUUACAAGCAGCUUCCUAUCCAGCGCAUGCUUGAUUUCGACUUCCUCUGUGGAAGGGAAACACCUUCUGUAGCUGGAAUUAUUAACCCUGGCUCGGAGGGAUUUCAGAAACUGUUUUUCGGUCAAGAGGAAAUUGCUAUCCCGGUGCAUGGAAGCAUUGAGGCGGCUUGUGCUGCUCACCCAAUGGCUGAUGUAUUUAUUAACUUCGCUUCAUUCAGAAGUGCCGCUGCUUCAUCCAUGUCUGCUCUGAAACAGCCAACAAUUCGAGUUGUGGCCAUCAUAGCUGAGGGUGUUCCCGAGUCAGACACAAAGCAUUUGAUUGCGUAUGCACGGUCCAACAAUAAGGUUGUCAUCGGUCCUGCUACUGUUGGGGGAAUCCAAGCUGGAGCAUUCAGGAUUGGUGACACUGCUGGAACAAUUGACAACAUUAUUGCUUGCAAGCUAUACAGACCCGGGUCUGUUGGAUUUGUGUCAAAAUCGGGUGGCAUGUCAAAUGAGCUUUACAAUACUAUUGCUCGUGUAACGGAUGGAAUUUAUGAAGGUAUUGCAAUUGGAGGAGACGUGUUCCCUGGAUCCACUCUUUCUGAUCAUGUGUUGCGGUUUAACAACAUCCCUCAGGUUAAGAUGAUAGUGGUACUUGGAGAACUUGGUGGACGAGAUGAGUACUCUCUGGUGGAAGCUAUCAAACAGGGCAAAGUUAACAAACCAGUUGUUGCUUGGGUCAGUGGAACUUGCGCCCGGCUUUUCAAGUCAGAAGUGCAAUUUGGCCAUGCUGGUGCUAAAAGUGGUGGUGAAUUAGAGUCUGCGCAAGCUAAGAAUCAAGCUCUUAAAGAUGCUGGAGCUGUUGUGCCUACCUCAUUUGAAGCUUUUGAAGCUUCAAUUAAAGAGGCAUUUGACAAACUGGUCGAAGAAGGGAAGAUUGAAUCGGUUAAGGAGGUCACGCCCCCACCAAUCCCCGAGGAUCUCAACACUGCAAUCAAGAGUGGCAAAGUUCGCGCCCCAACUCAUAUUAUUUCAACCAUUUCUGACGACAGAGGUACUUGCCUUUUUUAUUCUAGACGCGAGGAACCAUGCUAUGCUGGUGUGCCAAUGUCUUCCAUUCUCGAGCAGGGUUUUGGUGUUGGUGAUAUCAUCUCUCUUUUAUGGUUCAAACGCAGUCUCCCACGCUACUGUACCAAAUUUAUUGAGAUAUGUAUCAUGUUGUGUGCCGACCACGGUCCCUGUGUCUCAGGAGCUCACAAUACCAUUGUAACAGCAAGGGCUGGAAAGGACCUUGUUUCCAGCCUUGUCUCAGGUUUGCUGACAAUUGGUCCCCGAUUCGGAGGCGCCAUUGAUGAUGCUGCUCGAUACUUCAAGGAUGCUUAUGACAGAGGACUCACUCCCUAUGAGUUCGUCGAAAGCAUGAAAAAGAAGGGCAUUCGCGUUCCUGGAAUCGGCCAUAGGAUAAAGAGAGGCGACAACAGGGAUAAGAGAGUGGAGCUGUUGCAGGAAUUCGCGCGCACGAACUUCCCAUCCGUGAAGUACAUGGAGUAUGCAGUCCAGGUCGAGACCUACACUCUCACUAAGGCCAACAACCUUGUCAUGAAUGUCGAUGGCGCGAUCGGAUCCCUCUUCCUCGAUCUCCUUGCUGGCAGCGGAAUGUUCACCAAGCCAGAGAUCGACGAGAUCGUCGAGAUUGGAUACUUGAACGGCCUCUUCGUCUUGGCUCGUUCCAUUGGCCUCAUCGGGCACACAUUCGAUCAGAAGAGACUCAAACAGCCCCUAUACCGCCACCCAUGGGAGGAUGUUCUCUACACAAAGUGAGGUGCAACUCUGCUGAAAGUCUGUUCUCGUGGCCAACAAAGCUUCCGGGGAGAUUCGAAAACCUCUCUAACGCGUCGUCGUCUGCAAAAUCAUCUGCUGUUGGGCUAUCGGUUUUCGAUCGUCUGCUGCAGCCUGCCAUUUGAUUUUGUCAACUGUAUCUUUUUUUUUAAAGUCGAUUUGUGAUUUUGCCAUUAGGGAAAGGAACCUUUUUUAGUCCAUGAACAAAUAAUUGGAAGUUAGGGGAGGGGAGCAAUAUGGAAUGUGUAUCUGCGAACCUUUUGCUUUCUCGUUUUUUUUCUUUCUUUCUCUCAAUCAGAAAAUGUCGAUUUCGUUCUUGAGAAAUCAAGUUUGCUGUCGUUGGUAACGUUAUAUACAACAAUUUGUUCCGAACCGAAUCAAAUCGAUAUUUAAAUCAGAUCAAACC